AUGCCCCGUACCCUUUGGAGGCAUCCGGCGGACGACGACGAAGCUCUCGACGAAGGUCGCUGCGAGACUUGUGGGAGCUCCGUGAAUCUGAUGCUGGAGUGCACCGAGCUGCUGCCGCUGGCGGCACGGACCCUUCGGGCACAAGGCGAGGGAGCGAUUUACCAGCAGUCAAGGCUCUGGCGAGGCGGGGGACGAAUAGCCGAGCUGGAGGGGGAGGAGGAGGCCGAGGGCCGAGGACGAGGAAGACCGGGCGAACCUGCCCCACCGCGCCUCCCUCCGUUGCUCCCUCCCUCCCUCGCUCGCUCGCCGGCCUGGCCUGGCCUGGCCUCCUCGCUCCGCUCGUCGUCUCGGGACGCCGUGCGAGCGGUGGUGGUGGUAGCCCUAAUAGCGAAACCGAGCGGUACACGCAACUUUCGGGCCGAGCGAGAGACUGCGCCAGCAUCGUCCGUAACCGGGCCCGUGCUGAGCCGCCCCUCUUCGACCGAUGCGAGAUGGACGUACGUCCGCCCCGCGCUCCGUCGGUGGGCCAACCUACAAUCUCGCUCGUCGAGUCGCAGCCCAUAUGGUCCUACGGACUCCCGCUACUCCUACCCUAAUCGCGCGAGCCAGCCAGCCAGCCUGCCUGCCUGCCUGCCAGCGAGCGGAAAGAUCCAACGAGCGAACGCUCGCAAGAAUGUGCUUUCGCCGUCGGGGAAACACCGUCAGAUACUGGAUCGAACGGGGCUGGGGUCGAGAUGCCGAGGAAUGUGCCCAUUUAUGGACCAUUUGUAA